AUGGCCUGGGUUCGGUCAUGGUCUGGGCAGCCAUAUUGUAGUAUUCCAUGGGCCAGACCCAUCAUUGAUGUGCAAGGUUACAUUACUGCCAAGGAUUAUGGAGCUAUUUUUGAUGAUCAUGUACAUAGUAAAAAUUUCGCUCCCCAAUUAAUACAGUUAGGCAGCUAUUCUGUGGUGGUGCUGUGUGAUUUUCAAUCAAUAAAGGAUGCUUUCGCAAACGAUGUUUUCAUGGGAAGACCUCUUGAUAUUCCUUUCGAACUCAGCGAAGAUACCUUACGUACCGGAGCUAUUUUGGGCAUGCCAUGGAAAGAGCAAAGAAGAUUCUCCUUACACAUGUUUCGUGAUCUUGGCUUCGGUAAAACGCGCAUGGAGGAACACAUAAAAGAAGAGAUCUUAGAACUGCUUCAGCGCAUGGAAGACUACCAUGGAUCUCCUAUUAAAAUUGCAGAGUUGUUAGCCCCAAGUAUGUCAAACAACAUUACAUCACUUAUAUUCGGUAAAAGACUCAAGCCUGACGAUCCUAAGAGGCAAAAACUGGAUAAGCUAAUAAACGAAGUCGGCCGACUGGCUGGUGCGCUUUCCUGGCAGAUGUUUUUCCCUUGGAUCAGAACUUUCGUGUCAUUCUUUAACAUUGGCAACAAAGCAAAACUAUCGAGAUGUCUCUUGGAAAUGAAAGCAUUUGUUAGAAAAGAAUUGGAGGAGCACGAAAAGACUUUGGAUCCAAAUAACAUCCGUGAUUUUAUGGAUGGUUAUUUAUUAGAGAUUAAGAAAAAGGCAGAUGAUCCUGAUACUUCUUUCACAAAGGAGGUUUUAACGGAUUUGUCAAGAGCGUUCUUC